GAUUCUCCUCUUGUUCCAGCAUCGCCCGAACCCGAACCACACCGUCCGGUCCACCCCGAGAGGAGAGCGCAGCCACAGGCCACAGCGACAUGCCGGCGACGCCGACCAUCAUCGGUGCCCUGCUGGGGCUGGGCACCCAGAUGUACUCCAACGCCCUCCGGAAGCUCCCCUACAUGCGCCAUCCCUGGGAGCAUGUGCUGGGAAUGGGUCUGGGUGUAGUGUUUGUAAACCAACUGGUGAAGUUUGAUGAGAAGGUCAAGGUGGACCUUGAUAAGAUGCUUGAGCGUGCGAAACACGCCAAUGAGCAGCGCUACUUUGACCAAGACGACGAUUAGCUGUUCAAAUUUGUUUGGCGGCAACCGGGCUUUUUGCAGUUUGCUUUGGUCACAAAAACUGGCUCCGCAUUUCAUCUGCGAUAGUGUAAUAAACUGAUGUUUCACAGUACUUGGGUUGUACUUGUACGGGAGACCUUUUUAUGGUACUUGAAUCUGAUUGAUUACCUUGUCUGCAGCA